AAAGAAUCGUUUUUAGUGGGGCGACACAUUCCCAAACUCAUUAGCGAUAAAAAUCGGAGCUUUAGAAAGGGGGGCGAAGGAGCUUCUUCUCGCAUAAAUGGAGAUUGCGAUCAAACCCUCGUCUUUUCCCGCAUCGAAUCCCUCGAUCCCGUGUUGCAAUCCGUGCCCAAUUAGGGUUACGAUCGAAGGACGCGAAUCCCCUUCGAAUGUCCGUGCUUUAUCCGCUGCUUCGUCGGCUUUUCGCUGCAGUGCUUCUAGGAUUACUUCGAGAUCCACACGUGACUUGCACAAGAGCAAAAGCAAUCUUGAAUCGUUAUUCUGCUAUGAUAAAGCUGUUCCAGAGGAGAAUAUCGAGAAACCAGUUGGCUUAUCUUUGGAUAAAGUAAACAUCGGGAACAAGCCGCCUUGCAGUAUUUGUGAAGCCAAAGGUGCAGUGCUGUGCGCAACUUGUUCUGGUUCAGGCUUGUAUAUCGACUCUAUACUGGAGAGCCAAGGAAUUAUCGUGAAAGUUAGGUGCCUAGGUUGCGGAGGAACUGGAAAUAUAAUGUGCUCACGAUGCGGAGGGCGUGGUCAUUCCAGGGCCGACUGAGACUAAUUCUUUUGCUUCUAUUUUGUUUGGGUAUGUUCCUUACAUACAAGUGAUGUCACUUUCAAUUACUAGUAACAUUCUGUAGAGUUUGAGUUUGUGAUAAAUGAACUGAGUUUAUCAAGCUAAAUGUACUUCAAUUCAGCACGACUAUGUGAUUCUGGAGAGUGAUGGACAAGCUUAAA